GGCACACUGACCUCUACUCCGGAGGUUGGUAAAGGAUGAGAGACAGUUAAUACUACAUAACUUGUCUUUCCAGAGCACUAGCCGCCGCUCAUUGGAAACAGAAGAUACCACAAGGGAACGGAUGGGCCGAGUUUUUCCACAGCAGAUAUAAAGGCUGCAUCCAAAAUGCCAGAAACAAGAAAUUCUUUACAAGAAGAUUUAUUUCCUUCUACGCUCACACUUGCUGAUGAAAAUGAUGAUGCAGAAACUUUCAGGAAGAAACUCACAUUUGGACUUGGCAUUGCACAAAUAUUUUGUGGGGUUAUGCUUGGUGUUUUUGGUCUGCUAUCUAUGAAUAUGGAAGCAGCAAUGUCAUCUUUGGCUGGUGGAGUCUGGGCAGGAGGUAUCGCCAUAGCAACAGGGCUGGCAGCAAUAUGCUUAAGUAAAUGCGCUAAAAAAGCAAUAUAUGCCAUUGUAUUUUUAUGCCUGUCAGUAGUUAGUGUAUUAACUGGAGGGCUUGCUACAGUUUUUGUAGCGACUGGUUUAGCUCAUGAUGCCCAGUGGCCAGCUGGAUACUAUGUAGACAGUGAUGGUAGAAGAGUACUAUUUUCAGGUGAUAUAGCAACAAGAGCACCAUUACUUGCUGUAGCAGCUGUUACUCUUACAUCUGCUAUAGCUGAUUGCGCAUUAUCUGUCACAUGCUGUAUUGUUGCCGCUCAAGAAGCUUGUCAGUGCUAUGUCUGUUCUGAUGAUGAUGACCCUGUAGACCAAGAUUCCCGAGUUCGCCAUGAUCGGUUGGUAACAUGGCUUGGUCAACAAGCUUUAAUGGAUUUUAUGAUGGCCAGUGGUAAAAUUCCUGAUAAUUUAAAUCCCAACAAUGUAACAAAAAAUCAUUCUAUAAAUACACACACUGUAGCAAAAUAAAAUAUUUAACAUAAA